AUGGCUAACAUUAACGUAAUGCUACAUUGCCUUCGCAGUUUUCAGAAACUUCCGUCGAAAAUGAAACAACAGUACGCUGAAUUUGAGGCAUUGCUCGAUCCAUCUCGAAAUCAUCGUGCUUAUCGUAUGCUUACUGCUAAUAUGAAUGCGCCAACUGUACCAUUCGUCCCGCUUCUCCUCAAAGAUUUAACAUUUACGCAUGAGGGAAAUAAAACGUAUUUCGCAGGACUCAUCAACUUCGAGAAAAUGGUUAAUUCUAAUUUCGUGCAUCUGCUCUCCGCAUUUCAUAGGAAGGGGUGCUGCAUUCCGAGGUACAAGUGA